CCACGCCCCGGUCACCGGAAGGCUGCAUGACGUCGUGAGGGCUACGCGUCGCACAGGUGGCGGUAGUUGGCGGACGGUUUCUGGCUGGGUGGCGGAUACCCUAGGAACGCGGAAGAGGCUCCCGGGACCGCGGCGAUGGCCGACUCGUCCGACUCGCUGCUAGUCAGUCGGCUCUCGGAACUAAGCCUUAGGUGUUUCGCAGAGAAUAUUUCCAGCUAUAUGACAGACGUUAAGCCUUUGCCUCCCAACAUAAAAGACAGACUGAUUCACAUGAUGAGCCUGCGUGGGAAGAUAACAGAUUCAAAUAUAAGUGAGAUGUUACAUCCAGAAGUUCAAAGUCUAGAUCUACGAAGCUGUGAUGUUUCUGAUACCACUCUCCUGCACCUGUGUAGCUGCCAAAAACUGAAGAACUUAAAAUUACGUAACGCAAAAGGAAACCGUGUCUCCAUAACGUCAGUAGGAGUAAAAGCCGUGGCUUCGUCUUGCCCAUCGUUGCAUGUAGUUUCUAUGCAAAGAUGCCACGGGCUCACUGACGAAGGAGUCGUGGCCCUUGCACUCAACUGCCGGGAGCUGAGGUUCGUUGACCUGAGUGGCUGCUUGUGUGUUACUGAUGUCUCCUUAGACGCACUAGGAAACAACUGCCCAUUUUUACAGUUCGUUGACUUCUCAGCCACCCAGGUAUCUGACAGAGGUGUGGUUGCGCUUGUUAGUGGACCUUGUGCCAACAAAUUAGAGGAGAUUAACAUGGGACAUUGUGUGAACGUGACAGAUGAGGCCGUGGAAGCUGUCAUCCUGUCCUGCUCUCGGAUACGGAUACUGCUCUUCCAGGAGUGCCCCCAGUUGACAGAACGCUCACAGGACGCCGUGGAGCUCUCACUGCGCCUAAGCAAACUGAAGCAGGUGGCGUGGACUGCGUACUGAGGGUUAUGCAGACCGUCAGUGCCCCGGAGGCUGACCACCUUGACUUGCCCAAGAAACUUUGUACAGAGCUUGUUUCCACCUAACUUAACACCACUCUCUUACUGUGUUGUCUCCUUUAAGCUAGAACUCAGAAAAUCAGCUGAAUGGGGGCACCUACAGGUUUGCGUUUUGAAGUUAACGAGCCCGUUAAACACUUAAUACUGCUGUUACUCUAUCGAUUUGAUGAGUCAUUGUUUUUGAAAUGUAAUUCCACCAUGAACUCUUAUCUGUUGGGGGAGGGGGCAGGGCAGGGCAUACAUUUUGUUUCUUACAUAUCAAGAUCAUAAAUUAUUUGUUUUCCCCUGAGAUUUCCUUCUCCUGUGUAGGUGUUGAAAUGUAUCGAGUUCGGGUAAACUAUAGGAAAAUUCCAAGUAAAGCAUGUGUUAAAGUAUA